CACUCCGUCAAGCUGAAAACAAACUCCACAAAUGCCUCCCUGGAGCAAACUGACUCCCUGGAUCGAGAAUCUGAUCCUUAGCUACGGGAACGGGGAUGAGUCGGGCAGCCAGCUGAGGGCUCAUGUCAUCGGGGUGGGUCAGAUGACCCAGUCCCAGGCUCGGGGCUCCGAUGGCCCGAAGGGGUUGCUCUUCCUGUCCGACGGAGAGCUCAAGAUCCCGGCCGUGCUCACCGCCUCUGCCUGGGAGCAGCUCCAGGAGAAGGAGGACCGGGAGUGCUUCAGCAGCCUCCUGAACACCACCGUGUGCCUGCAGGACUACCGGCUCCGGUUCCACAUGGACCCGGAACAGACCAAGAGCCGGUUCUUCCUGUCAGUGGGGGAGCUGGCCACCACCGCGGCGGGUCCGGUUAAAGACAACACGCCCUGCUGCACCAGUUCGGCCUCGGUCCGGAUGAAGAUCUGCAGAACCUGGAGGUCCCUUCUUGGUCAGGAGGACUCCCAGCGGAGCCAGACCGGACUGGACCUGUCCGAACUGCUAGGAGAGUGGCAGCACGACUGCCUGCAGACACUGCUGCGGGACAUCCGGGAGAGACUGCUGGCUCUCAGGAACCCCCGACCCUCCACCUCUGCUUACACUCCGCCUCCGAACUGCACCAGAUGGGACCUGGACCGGGUCAGGUACAAGGGGGAACCGAGCUUCACCUUCCCGGCGAAGCUGCUUCUCAUUCCGUAUGAGAGCAAGGGACAGGCUUGCUCUGUGCAGGACGUGGAGUGGCAGAUAACCGAACCGGCAGGUGGCGAUCCAGUACAGAGUGCGGGAACUGCGGGGGACGCGGGUGAGCGUUGCCCUCUUUUGAUGGAGGACGUCGCUCCUUUCCCAGACCCAACCGCCCUGCUUUCCGCCAACCCCUGGGACAUGUUCCCCCCUCUGGGAAUCAGCCCUUCCACCUCCGACUCGUCCCCGGAGUCCACCCCGAAACUGGACGCUGCUGCCAUGGUAACCAGCACCCGACUUCCGGUUGCCAGCACCCAGCUUCCGGUCCCCAGCUUCCUGCCUCCUUACCAAAACCAACCCGCCGCCAGCUUCCCACCGAGCUCCUCAGCAGUCACCGUCCACCAGAGUCCACCAGAACCUCCUGCCUCAGACGGAACCGACACCGUUCCGGAAAGCUAUAGGAAGCCCAAGAGGAAGCGAUGCGAGGCAGAACAACAAGAAGAAGAAGAGGAGGAAGAAGUCAGUGGGAGUCCGCCAUCUUGGCUCUUUGACUCCCACCUUGGAACUCCCAGAAACGAGGACAGUCCAAAACAGACCCGACCCGCCCCGAAAAAUAUCCCGGGCACCCACGGCGACGGCAGACCGUUCUCCUACAAAUACAGAGUGUCGGAUCAGAACCACCAGGACUUCAGCCGGUUCCGAGUGGCUGCGUCUCUGCUACACUGGGCUCUGCGGUAUCUGUUGACUCCGAAACCAACAGAGGAUCCGCAGAGCGUCGACUGAUUGGACUGAAGUACCGAACGCCUACAGAUCGGACUCGCUUUGUCAUGUUCAUUACCAAAAAAGUCCAAUAUUUCUUCCACAUUUGGUUUCUAGUUUUGCAUGGAGUGCCGUUUGUAAAAUUACACAAGAAUAGAUUAACAGCAAUGUUUUGGUUUAUUUCGCCUGUCAGAGAAAAAAACACCGUGGGUGUUCAUGUUUCUAAAUGUCCAAAUAUUUACCUUCCAAACUAAAUAUUUAGCUUUUAAUUUAAAUAUUUAGUUUGGAAGCUGAAUAUUUAGUUCCCAAAUAAAUGUCUUAAGUUUGAGCUUAGAAAUUAGCUUUCCAACUAAGUAUUAAGUUUAAAUAUUUAAUUAAGUAUUU